UAUUAUCCGGUAGAUACUCUUGUGUUGCGCGCGCGUGUCGUCAACCAAUUCCUAUCUCGAGUGUCUGACCCGCGGUGGGCGAGUUGGGCUGUGUCUGCGAACGAUGAGAGCGUACGUUUCAGACACCGUGUAGGUUACACAACAUGACUUAACUGAGAAUAAAAUGCUGCAAAAUCAUAAAUUGACACGACUCAGAGACUGACACGUUUGUUCGCCAGUUUGGAGAGAGAGAGCCCGGAACCAUGAAAAAAUCAAGCCCGGCCAAGCCACCACCAGCUGAAGUCACCGUGCCAGACGACGAGGUUACCGUGCAACAACUGAACGCGCUUUUGUCAAACAGCAGCGGAUUUUACAGUUUACCAACACAGCAUUUCAACGAGGUCUUCCCUAGAAUAUACGUUGGUAACGCGUUCGUGGGCCAGAAUCUGAUGCGUCUGCAGAAGCUGGGCGUGACCCACAUCCUGAAUGUGGCGGAAGGCAACUCCUUCAUGCACGUCAACACCAAUGCAGAUUUUUACGCGGGCUCGGGCAUCACCUACCAUGGCAUCCAGGCCAAUGACAAGCCGCAGUUCAACCUCAGUAACUUUUUUGAGGAGGGGGCGGACUUUAUCGAGAAGGCUCUAGCACACAACAAUGGCAAAGGGAAGGUGUACGUCCACUGCCGAGAGGGCUACAGCCGCUCGCCCACCGUUGUCAUCGCUUACCUCAUGCUGCGCCACAAACUGGACGCCCGGGUGGCGGUCGCCACAGUGAGGCUCAAGAGAGAGAUCGGCCCCAAUGACGGCUUUCUGCGCCAGCUGUGCCAACUCAACGUGAAGCUGGCGAAAGAGGGCAAGUUGAAUGGGGUGAUGCCAGUCGUGGUGGCCAAGUUGAAGACCAAAUAAGGGAACGAGAGAGCGUGACCCAACGCCUUCUGUAGGUCUCUGCUCCCCUAAGAGCCAACCGGCCUCAAUCCACCCUGACCAGCAACACAUCACUCAGACACAUGCACACGCGUACAUCCACAACCUGUAACAUGCAUGCAUAUACAUACAGUGCUGUGAAAGGAUUUGCCCCCUUUCUAAUUUUCUCUACUUUUGCUUAUUUAUUUUUUUAUACGGAAUGUUAGCAGAGCUUCAACCAAAACCUAAUAUUAGAUAAAGGGAACCGGAGUGAACAAAUACCACAACAAAUACCAUACUUAUUUCAUAAACAAAGUUAUGCAACACCCAAUGCCCCUGUGUGGAAAAAGUAUUUGCCCCCUUUUCCCCUAGGACUUACCCUCUGCAGGUACUAGCCUGCUCGGGCUUACCUUCCGUGACUUACCAUAUAUCCUAAAUCUACGAUCGGUCGUAAUACAAUGGGACUACUCAAUAAGCUCAGGCUUUCUAGGUCUGUAUCCUAUAAUUGGUUCAGCCUACGACUCAUCUCCCCAAUAAGUCAGAAUGAGUGAUAACAGGUGUAGGAACUGUGCCUACCUUGUUUUUGGUGCCGGCUCCUGUUUCACUGAUUCGGAUUCUCUAGUUGGACUGUAAAUCGUGGUUGACCCUGCUCGCAGCGCCAGCUGUUGAGCUCUAAAAUAGAGUAAAGCUCAAACCAAGUUUAUUCACCCACUGGGUCACACAGCUGCAGAAGACAGACGUGUUUCCUCCAGCACAAGUAUUUAUACCCUCCCCUUUAGGACGGAGUCUCCUCCUUUUCCCUAAACAUCGUUGUUGGGCGGGAAAUGAAGUGAUAUGGGUAAUAAACUGUUCCUUCUCACUUCAUGUGACCUGACCUCGGCCCCAAUUUCCUCUCUAAUCCACAGCUAGAUCCCCUUUAUCAGUGACCGCAACCAUGUGAUUGCCUUUUUCCCUUCGUAACAUUCCAAGCCCCUGGCUCUUAUCCAACCUCCAUUGACCCUACCAUGUACACUCCUCCUACAUAUACCCAUUAACUUCUGGUGUAGCAUUAACAGGCGGAUGGCCUGACGUUCUCCUGUAGAUCCUCAUGCCAGCGGUCAAGCAUGGUGGUGGUAAUGUGAUGGUUUAGGGAUGCUUUGCUGCCUCAGGACCUGGACGACUUGCCUUUUUUAAUAGAGGGAACUAUGAUUUCUACUUGAAUGUGAGGCCAUCCGUCUGUAAGGCCAUCCGUCUGUAAGCUGAAGCACAGCUGGGUCAAGCAGCAAGACAAUGAUCCAAAACACACAAUCAAGUCUACAUAAAAAUGUCUAAAAAGCAACAUCUAAACUUUUGGAAUGAAUGGCCUAGUCAACGUCCAGACCUAAUUCCAAUUGAGACGUUGUGGCAGGGACUUUAAAUUAGCAAUUCAUGCUUAAACUCACAUGUCGCUGAGUUAAAGCAGUGCUGCAUGCAAGAGUGGGUGAAACAGCGAUGUGAGAGACUGAUCAACAACUACAGGAAGCGUUUGGUUGCACACCUACGCUAAAGGUGGCACGACCAGUUAUUGAGUGUAAGGGUGCAACACAAGGGAAUUGGAUGUUGCGUAACUUUUUUGUUUAAAUAAAUAAAAUGUGUAUAAUUUAUUAGUAUACUCACGUUCCCUUUUAAUCUAAUAUUAGGUUUUGAUUGAAGAUCUGAUAACGUUCCGUAUCAAAAAUAGGCAGACAUUUUGAAAAUCAAGAAGGGGGCAAAUACUUUUUCACGGCACUGUACAUGCAUGCAUGUUGACAGUCACACAAACUAACGCUUUCUCUCUUUCACACACACUGUAUCUGUCACGCUGCUGUCCUCUUUCUCUGCCUGUAUCGUUGGUUACAUCUGUCCAACAGCGGGGGAGUUAUGUUAGGCAGAGGAGAGAUGGAAGCCUUCUAACCGUGGCUCAGUGCUUUAACGUAUAUUCUGUCACCCAUCUCUCUAUAUUCCAAUAACAUACAUGCCACUGCUAGUACAUACAGCUCCAAAGUUCUCCUAGUGUGAGGUUUUGACCUGACCAAUGAAGCAUUCCCUAGACCAUAGGUUUAGAACACUGGACAGCUCUCCCUGUGUGCCACUUUUGGAGCUCUGAGGUACGAGUAAUAGAUUAUAGCACAAUAUUUUCAUAGUAUCACACUGCCAGGACUGUCUGACUACAGUGAUGUCAUGACACCAACAAAAUGUAUCCCAGACCAGUCUGGAAUGUUUUGACAGACACUGGUUCAUUUGGUCUAGUCCAGUGGUUCCCAAACUUUUUAUAGUCCCGUACCCCUUCAAAUGUUCAACCUCCAGCUGCGUACCCCCUCUAGCACCAGGGUCAGCGCACUCUCAAAUGUUAUUUUGCCAUCAUUGUAAGCCUGCCACACACACACUAUACGAUACAUUUAUUAAACAUAAGAAUGAGGGUGAGUUUGUCACAACCCGGCUCGUGGGAUGUGACAAAGAGCUCUUAUAGAACCAGGGCAAUAAUAAUUAAUAAUAAUAAUAAUUUUGCUCUUUAUUUUACCAUCUUACAUAUAAAACCAUAUUUGUUAAUCGAAAAUUGUGAAUAACUCAUCACAGGUUAAUGAGAAGUGUGUGCUUGAAGUCUGUCUUAAAUCCUUUUCCACACAGUCUGUAUUUAGUUUUCAUGCUAGUGAGGGCUGAGAAUCCACUCUCACAUAGGUACGUGGUUGCAUAGGGCAUCAGUGUCUUAACAGCGUGAUUUGCCAAGGCAGGAUACUCUGAGCGUAGCCCAAUCUAGAAAUCUGGCAGUGGCUUCUGAUUUUUAAAAUUACAUUUUCACAGAAUCGCUUGUUGCAAUUUUGAGGCUCUCUUGUUCAGAUAUCGGUAAGUGGACUGGAGGCAGAGCAUGAAAAGGAUAAACUGGAUUCGUUAUCAGUUUCGGGAAGUACCUGCGUAAUUGAGCAUCUAACUCAGGUGCUUUGCUAUAUCACAUUUGACAUUGUCCGUAGCUUGAGUUCAUUUGCACACAAACAAAUCAUACAAUGAUGGAAAGACCAGUGUGUUGUCCUUGUUAAUGCAGACAGAGAAGAGCUCCAACUUCUUAAUCAAAGCCUCGAUUUUUGUCCCGCACAUUUAAUAAAGUUGCGGAGAUUCCCUGUAAUCAUAGAUUGAGGCGAGGGUGGGAGAAGAAAUUGUCCAGAUAGGACAGUCUUGAGAAACUCGUCAUCAUGCAAGUGGUCAGACAAGUGAAAAUUAUGUUCAGUAAAAACUUUAUGCUCGUCUCUCAAUUUUAAAAAAAACGUGUCAAUACUUUGCCCCUUGAUAACCAGCACACUUCUGUAUGUUGUAAAAGUGUUACAUGGUCGCUGCCCAUAUCAUUGCACAGUGCAGAAAAUACAUGAGUUCAGGGGCCUUGCUUUAACAAAGUUAGACAUUUUCACUGUAGUGUCCAAAAUGUCUUUCAAGCUGUCAGGCAUUCCUUUAGCAGCAAGAGCCUCUUGGUGGAUGCUGCAUUGUACCCAAGUGGCGUCGGGAGCAACUGCUUGCACGCGCGUUACUACUCCACUAUGUCUCCCUGUCAUGGCUUUUGUGCCAUCAGUACAGAUACCAACACAUCUUUACCACCAAAGUCCAUUUGAUGUCACAAAGCUGUCCAGUACUUUUAAAAAUAUCCUCUCCUGUUGUCCUGGUUUGCAGAAGAGGUCUUCUUUAAUUGACCCCCCCAUAAAUGUAACAGACCUAUACCAGGAGCUGUGCCAGGCCUGCCACAUCUGACUCAUCCAGCUGUAACACACCGAAUUCACUGGCUUGUAUGCGAAGCAGCAAUUGUUUCAAAACAUCUCCUGCCAUGUCACUGAUGUGUCGUGACAGUGUUGUUUGAUGAAGGCAUUGACUGUGUAGUUUUUUGGGGGGGGGCUUUUCCCCCAGCAUUGUCCCAGCCAUAUCCGUGGCAGCAGGAAGAAUUAAGUCCUCCUCAAUAGUAUGGGGCUUGCCUGUCCUAGCCACUCGGUAGCUCACCGUUUACGACGCUUCUAGCCCCUUCUUAUUAAUGGUAUCUGUUGCUUUUUAUACAUGUCUUACUACUCAAAAGUCGUCUUAAUUCUUGCUCCAAAAAUUCCUGUGGCUUAUUUUUAAAAUUGUCAUGUUUUGUUUCUAAAUGGACUAAAUGCAUUCCAAGUGGACAUUCUCUCUUUCUCCCCUGACCCAUCUGUCUAUCGCCUCCUUUGAAUUCCAUGCUGUCACAGUUACCAGCCCUUUCAAGCUUAACAUCCUUAUCAUUUAUCGCCCUCCAGGUUCCCUUGGAGAGUUCAUCAAUGAGCUUGACGCCCUGAUAAGUUCCUUUCCUGAGGAUGGCUCACCUCUCACAGUUCUGGGUGACUUUAACCUCCCCAUGUCUACCUUUGACUCAUUCCUCUCUGCCUCCUUCUUUCCACUCCUCUCCUCUUUUGACCUCACCCUCUCACCUUCCCCCCCUACUCACAAGGCAGGCAAUACGCUUGACCUCAUCUUUACUAGAUGCUGUUCUUCCACUAAUCUCAUUGCAACUCCCCUCCAAGUCUCCGACCACUACCUUGUAUCCUUUUCCCUCUCGCUCUCAUCCAACACUUCCCACACUGCCCCUACUCGGAUGGUAUCGCGCCGUCCCAACCUUCGCUCUCUCUCCCGCUACUCUCUCCUCUUCCAUCCUAUCAUCUCUCCCCUCUGCUCAAACCUUCUCCAACCUAUCUCCUGAUUCUGCCUCCUCAACCCUCCUCUCCUCCCUUUCUGCAUCCUUUGACUCUCUAUGUCCCCUAUCCUCCAGGCCGGCUCGGU